UGGCAGGAUGUCUGGCGAAAGCGAAGAGACCACCCGCCUCCGCAAGCCCCGCUUCUCCUACGAGGAGAACCAGAUCCUCAUCCAGGAGGUGCGGGCCCACUAUGGCAAGCUGUACGGCCCCCAGAGCCGGCGGGUGACGGUGGCCGAGCGCCGGCGGGUCUGGGAGGGCAUCGCGGCCAAGAUCAACCGCAUCACCAGCUGGAAGCGCACCGGCCAGGAGGUGCAGAAGCGCUGGAACGACUUCAAGCGGCGCACCAAGGAGAAGCUGGCCAGGGUGCCCCAUUCCACCCAGGGGGCCGGCGGCAGCAAUGCCUGCGACGAGGCCUUCUCCGCUGAGGAGGAGACCAUCUUUGCCAUCCUGGGGCCUGGUGUGAUGACGGGCACGGGGCGGGCGGAGGCCAGCGCUGGCCGGAGCACCCCCGGCUUCGCCCACAGCUACCGCCUGGCAGCGGAACAUGGCACAGAUAUGCUAGCCCGGGGCAGCACUUCCUGCAGCCCAGAGACUUCUGCCGGGGCUCCCUGCUGCACUCUGGAUAGUGGGUUGCUGCGGCCCAAGGAACGCGACUCGCCAGCGCCCCCUCCAGGCCAGCCCUCUUCUCUGCAGAGCGUCCAGCUGGCGCCUUCCCCGGGCAGUGCAGGCUGCAGGCCGCAUCCGGAACACUCCUCUGCUGAGCAGCUGGCCACUCCGUGCCCCUCGACCUCGCCCCCCCUGCGGCGUAGGCGUCUCCGCCCGGAUGUGCCCCUCGAGCCCUCUCUGGAUUUCCUGCAGGCCCAGAGGGAGACGGCCGAAGCCAUCCGCCAGCUGACUUACACCUUGCGGCAAGGCCUAGAGAGGCUCACCGAUAUCGUCGCCGCCCUCCUGCCGCUCCUUCCAGUCCAGACCAAUCCCCUCUCGCACCAGGAGGGGGCAACAUCUACCCCAAUCCCGGCCCCUUCCACGGAGAACCCGCCCGACAGGGACUCCUUCACUGCCAAGGUGGAGCCAUCCCCGGAGCUGGGGCAGGGUGAAGAGAGGCCUCCACAAGAGGAAGGCAGGCCUGCUGCCGAAACGAGGCCAUCCCCAAGCCAAGCCGCGAUGCCGCAGAAACGCAGGAAAGGGGUCCCUACUCAGAAACGCAGAGGCCGCUGGAAGAAUUUGUGAGUGAGCUCAGAAGGACUGCUGCUGCCCCCUACAGACAAAAAAGGGGAUAAUGCACAUCCUGUGGAGGUGGGGUCUUCAUGACGUCCCUCUGUUCCCCCCCCCCCCAAA